AUGGCUGCCUGCAGCCUGCCUCUGGGACUGUGGCUUCUGCUGCUUCUCCAGGAUGUCCAGACAACCCCACAGACAUCAUUAACCCCACCUCAUUCCUGUGAUACACUAGAGAAUUGGUUCUAUGAUGAAACUGCACAAAACUGCUGUUACCAGUGUCCCUCAGGCUAUGUUAAAAAGAAAGCAUGUCCUCAGGAUCCAGCUGAAGACUGCAUGACAUGUGGACCUGAUCAAUAUUUGAACAACAAAUCCCAAAAGCCACAAUGUGAUGCCUGUGUGUCAUGCUCAAAAGAACUGGACCUUGUGGAGAAGCAGCCCUGCUCCUUCAAUUCCAGCCGUGUGUGCGAGUGCCGCCCCGGCCUCUUCUGCCACCUGUCUGUGAAGAACACCUGCACACGCUGCCAGCACCACUCUGCUUGCAAGCCUGGCUUUGGAGUCAAAAUCAGGGGCACCUCAACAAAUGAUGUCACUUGUGAAGAGUGCCCUCCUGGGACCUUCUCUGAUCAAAACUCCAGCACAGACAUCUGCAAACCCCACACCAACUGUGCCAAGUUGAACAAAGUAAUGCUAAGCAAAGGAAAUGCCACACAUGAUCAAGUUUGCCUCGACCAGUUGCCCACUUACCUCACCCCAAGUACUUUGUCCAUGAGAUUCAGCAAUGAAACAAAUAACUCUGACCUGAGGAUGUUUAAGGAGAAUCUGGUGACCUCUGCUAGUGGUCACCUUCUAAGUGUCACAACAACUGAAAAUCCCCGUUCAACUGCUGAGGAGAAGGCAAAAACUGGCACUUUUACCUCAGGUAAGGGUGAGAUGACAACAGCAGGUGUAGUGCUUUGGGCAGUGGUUCUCUCUGUGGCAGUGCUUCUUGGGGGCACGCUGAUAUUUUGGAAGUGGAAGGUUUGCAAGAAGCGGAUCCUCGUCCUCAGAAGAAAGCCACAUCUGCAUUCGGUGGUCGCACACAAAUACCUGCUCAAAUCCCAAGGUUCAGAUCUCAUGAACAAAUGUGCAAAGAUUAUACUGACCACUGACAGUGGUCUGGAAGAGGAGUUAAUUGACAGAACCCUUCCUUUGGAAAACAACAAUAAGUUGGUGUCCAGCACAGAAAAAGCACAGAGUCCUCACUGGAGUGUGACUGAUGUGACACCAAGCAGUGGGAAUGCCCCAGACUGCCCUGUAGAUUCUCGAGUCAGAGACCACACAAAUAACAGAAUUGAAAAACUCUACAUCAUGAAGGCCGACACUGUUAUCGUGGGGUCUGUUUCAGAAGUGCCCAGUGGCAAGAACUGUUCUGUUAGAGGAUGUGAAAAUAACCUCGAUGCCCAGGAAAGCAUGGAAGAGGAACUGGAAAUGCACUACCCAGAGCAGGAAACAGAGUCUUUUCCAGGGAAUGAUGUAAUGGUUCCUGUGGAAGAGGAAGGAAAGGAAUUUCACCAUCCUACCACUGCCACUGAGAAGUGACAACCCACAGAGAAAAUGUGGGAAGAUACAGAAUCAUCCAGUGUGACACUAAGGCUGAAUAUAUGACAAGGGAGGUAAACACACUGUGCCUUAGAUUAUUGGGGAACUUCUGGAAAACACUGAAACACAUUCAAACAAGAAGAGCUAGAACCUAUUUCAUUUUCAUCUAACAAAUGAGAGGAUCAUCCAAACUGUUGGCCUUCGUAGCUGACAUCAAAUAUUUCUAUUUCCCUGUCUCCCAGUAUCAUAAUGAAAAGAAAUUUGAAUCGAAGCUGCAUA